ACCUUUGCUGGGUGCAUUUAGCAUCUGCUGCUGGGGGAAAGCUGCCCAUUGCAGCAGUGUGGAAACAAGUAAUUAUUUGUGAUGAGGUGGGGCUUUUUUUUUUCUUUUGUGAGUUGUAUGUACUCCUCAUUUCCUUCUACUUUUCUAGAUUUCACUGCUCAAAAAGGUGGUACUUGGGGAAAAGGAAAACAACUGGCUGAUAAGGAAAAAGCUUCUCAGAUUCUGUAUCUAAACAUCUGCUGAGGCAGCACUGUGGCUAGCACUUAGCAGAUUUCCCAAGGCAAGAAGACUAAAACCACCUCAAACCUUAACAGAUGAUAAAUCAGGAUUAAGUCACCACUGUCACCUUUAUCGUGGAAUUACAGCUAAAGGCAAGGGAGAAAAAACACCCUCGGAAACCAGGCAAGCUACUUUCUGAUUGUCCUUGUCUAGUUCUGUGUAGAGGACCAAAUCCUCAGCUGAUAGAAACUCUCCAUGACCUGUUAAAUUCAAUGGUUCUGCCCUAGUUAAUGACAGGUAUCCACAGUUACUUGCUGAGGCAAAAUUUUUGUGGAAAUUCCAUCUCUGAAAGCUUCUGUUUCCAGAAAUGACAUUUCAGCACCAACUUAUCAGCAUUACCAUACUGGCUGUGGCCAUGCAGUGGGAGAAUAGGAAAAGCUUCUGGAACUGACCAAGGUCAUAAGAAGGUUGUGGCACUCCAGGUUCAAUGUAAUCUUACUGGGCACCAGCAGUGGAACUGUUCUGUUCAAAAUGGUUUAUGGUGAAUUUUUCCGCAGACCUGGCAAAGAUGCAGAACUUAUCAAUUUGAAUGUGGGUGGCUUUAAGCAAUCAGUGGAUCAAAGCACCUUGCUCCGAUUUCCUCAUACCAGACUUGGGAAACUUCUCAAAUGCCAUUCAGAAGAGGCUAUUCUAGAACUCUGUGAUGAUUAUAGCGUUGCAGACAAGGAAUAUUACUUUGACAGGAAUCCUUCCUUGUUCCGAUACGUUCUGAAUUUUUACUAUACGGGCAAACUUCAUGUCAUGGAGGAACUUUGUGUCUUUUCGUUCUGCCAGGAAAUAGAGUACUGGGGGAUAAAUGAGCUAUUUAUUGAUUCCUGCUGCAGCAAUCGGUACCAGGAAAGGAAAGAGGAAGGUCCUGAGAAAGACUGGGAUCAGAAAAGCAAUGACAGAAGUAUAGAUUCUUCUAAUGAAGAAUCAUCCAUAUUUGAUAAAGAGCUGGAAAAGUUUGAUAAUCUGUGUUUUGGUGAAAUAAGAAAGAAAAUAUGGGUCAGAAUGGAAAAUCCUGCCUACUGCUUGUCUGCCAAGUUAAUUGCCGUGUCCUCCUUGAGUGUUGUCCUGGCGUCGAUUGUUGCCAUGUGCAUUCACAGCAUGCCUGAGUUUCAGAGGCUAGAUGCCAAUGACAGGGAGAUUGAAGACCCUGUGCUGGAAGCCGUGGAGAUUGCCUGCAUCAUCUGGUUCACUGCUGAGUUAGUGAUCAGGCUCAUCACAGCACCAAGUCAAAAGAAGUUCUGGAAGAAACCACUGAACAUCAUCGAUUUUGUCUCUAUUAUCCCAUUUUAUGCCACUUUGGCAGUGGACACAAAGGAAGAAGAAAGUGAAGAUAUUGAAAACAUGGGGAAAGUGGUUCAGAUCCUCCGGUUAAUGAGGAUAUUUCGCAUCCUGAAACUGGCCAGGCACUCUGUAGGACUGCGGUCUUUAGGUGCCACUUUGAGACAUAGCUAUCAGGAAGUUGGACUUCUGCUUUUGUUUCUGUCUGUUGGGAUUUCCAUUUUUUCUGUUCUUGUCUACUCAGUGGAGAAAGAUGAUGACUCAUCAGAACUGCACAGCAUCCCAGUUUGCUGGUGGUGGGCAACCAUCAGCAUGACCACUGUUGGUUACGGGGACACUUACCCUGUCACUCUUGCUGGCAAGCUGCUUGGCACCCUUUGCAUUAUCUGUGGGAUAUUAGUGGUGGCACUUCCAAUCACCAUUAUUUUCAAUAAGUUUUCUAAGUACUAUCAAAAACAAAAAGAUAUUGAUCCAGACCAGUGCAACAAUGAUCACAAAGAGAAAUGUAAUGACCUACCCUAUUUUAACAUUAGGGAUAUUUAUGCAAAAAAGAUGCACUCCUUCAUUUCUAGCCUUUCUUCAGUAGGAAUUGUAGUCAGCGACCAAGAUUCAACAGAUGCCUCCAGCAUCCAAGAUAUGGAGGAAGUCUAUAACACAACAUCUUUAGAGAAUGGUACAGAAAAAUGAGUUGAAUCACUUUCUCUUCCCUUUAUUUCUGUUUUCUGAUUCUUGCUCAACGUGGACUUAUAAACUUCAGUGAAUUUAUUAAGAGCAGUUAAUUCUCAGGGUACUUAAUUCUCAGCCAUAUUUGGACAUUCUUUGCUCUGAGGA